AUGCCUACUCUUCUUGAUAAUGCCAUGAAAUCCAAGAACGCUGUACUAGCCUUCUCCGGGCUCGUUACAGCCGCCCUCGCUUGGUCGUUGGCUGGCGGGAGUAUAUUCCCUUCUCAGGAUGAUCCGAAGGGAGACCCCGAGACUUGGACGCGGGAGGAACUCAGAAGAUGGCUUGCGGCCCGCAACCUGCAUCCCCAGAAAGGAGAUACCCGAGAGCAACUUUUAGAGAGGGUUAAGGCAAAUAUGAGAUAA